AAAUUGAGUGAAUAUUGGAAAAUGUUGGUAUGAGUGAAUUUAUUUGAACGGUAUGAAUUGGAAAUGGUGAUUGGAAUCUUGAUUUGAGAUUUGAUGGUCGAAUAGUUGAUUUUGAGAAAUGUCGAGUUGAUAACCGACAUGAGAUAUGUAUUGAUUGGGAAUCAGUGGGAUGACAUUGAUUCCUGGAUUGAUUGAGAUGAUGAUGACUUGAUGAGAUGUGCAAUAUGAGAUCCAUUUGAAUUGGGAACUCAAUGGGAAGGCAUUGAUUCUUGAAUUGGUUCGAUGACAUGUUUGACAUGAGAUGUGCAUGGACCAAUUAAUCAGUGGGACUGUGAUAACGAUGUAAUUGCACAUGUCUGCACCCCUAGUUCUUAUUCGUUUGUGGGGCGUAGUCAUGUAUUUUUGGCCUAUUUUACGCCGGGUUGUGCUACUUUGUCAUAUUUCAGGUCCCAGACGUUGAAGGAAAGCCUAAGCACGAGUUUCGGGGCAUUUGGAAGUCAUUCGGUCGAGUUGGGGCCAAAGCACGGGCUGGCCUAAACCAAAGCAUGACCGUGUUCCUGGACCGUGCUUUUACUGCCGAGGCUUGAUCCAAGAUUUUCCUGCGCUGGCCCAAAACACGGGUGGGCAAAAGCAAAGCACGCCCGUGCCCUCGAUCGUGUUUUGCCCAGGGUCAGCCUUUUAGGCAGAUUUGAGGCAAAGGAGAAGGGUUACGAGUUUUAGAGAGACAGAGCGAUUCCUAGAGAGAGAAAGUGACAAACCAGAGUUCCCAAGUGCCCUAGCUUGAUCUUCAUCACCAUUGGAGCCCGGCUUGAGCUUGGAGAAGAUCCGAUUGAGCGCCAGAAGCAGAUUAUCAUCCUUCACAGUAUGGUUUCCGCAUCUGAGCUAGAUUUUCCAUCUCUCUCUAUGGAGUAGUUUUCCUAUUCAUAUGGGUAUGGAGAACCCUAGAUUUAUAUGUUAGGUCUGAUUGUAUGAACCCAAGUACAGAUUCUAUGAUUUGAUUAUAUUCAAUUGAGGUUUGAAUGAUUGAAUGGCAUGAAUCCUAAUCAAAUUCCUGUUGUUUAUGCUUUAACCUAGAAAGAUAAUAUCUGCCUAGGUUGAUAAAGCACCCUUAAUUGAAGGAAGUGUCUUGGCGACUUUAGUCGAGGAGCCAAUUCACUAUUCUGUACCCAAUUUACUUCGGUAGUGGAGGUUUGGUUCGUUAGGGCCUCAAUCUGUUUACUCCAGUGGAGGUUAGUUGCCCACUGGGGAGUUAGAUUAAGAGGUUCUGGAGACCUUUAGUCGAGACUUCAGACUGCUUAAGAACCUCCCGCAGUAUAACUAUCAUUAAAACUGAACUUGGUAAAUUGCAAUCCGGCUUAAUUGCAGUCUAGGGGAAACCAUACUCGGGUGACCUCUCUCGACUUGAAACAACCUUAUUGCUUGUUUUACUUGUUUGCUUGUUUGAACCUGCACUAAAGUUUCACCGCUAGAUAAUAAGAAUUCGCUGAGUAGUCAUCACAUCUAGGACCCGGGUUGACAUUAAAACCCAAACCCGCUAUACUACGCUUUAGGAAGUGGUUGCACUUGGCCAUUUUCUAGAGUGACAGUAGGAGUGAGUCAGACUGCACUGAUUCUGGAUCGAUUGUGCAUGGACCGGUUAAUCAGUGGGACCCCAUUGAUUCCAGAUUGUUUGUGCUAGACGAGAGAAAUGGAAUUGUUUGAUUUGUGAGCAUAUUAAUUCACAUAAAGGUAGAAAGGGUAUGCACUUUUACCCCUAGAUGAUUAUGGGAUUGGGUAGACUUAGCUCGCUUCUGCCAGUGUUGUGGUUGCAUGAGCACCACAGAUGAUUUGCUCGAGCGGGGGUAAGUGUAUGGUGACCUUGGCGCCAUUAAUAAUUAAUGAGAAUUUUCAUAUCAUGCAUUGAUUAUGUGUUCAUGAAACUAUGUAAUUAUCAUAUUGGAUGAAUUGGUUCGAUGAUGAUGAGUUGAUGGAUUUGAUAUGUUGAUUGAGGAUAUAUAUAUAUAUAUAUAUAUAUAUAUAUAUAUAUAUAUAUAUAUGUGAUGACCUAGGAUGGCAUCUAGACUUUUGAAUUGCGAUCACAUAUGACUAUGUGAAUAGCUGCUUGUGGUCCAAAAACUAGGUAGUGAGAAAGAUCCACACACACAGCUUAGUUGCUGACCCACUUCUGUUCAGUUUCUUACAGGUUCGAAUGAAUUGAGAGAAACUCUGGUUUUGAAGUUUUCCCAUAUUUUGAAAUGACUCUCAUUUAUGUUUUAUGAGUCGAUGAUUUGGGUAUUACAUAGUAGAUGGUACCGUAAUGAGCAUAGUAGUGAAUGAGACUCUAAUUUGGUUUACAUGAAAGGAAUGAACUAGAUUGAGUUGAUCUUUGGUAUAUGAUGAGUAAUUUGAGAAUUAAUUGUUGUGAUUUUGGAUUAUAAUGAUGUUGGUAGGUAUGUUACCAGUAGUAAACAGUUGAGUUCUUGCGUAACCCGCAAUAGAGAUUCCGCUGUGCGGGUGAACCAUUGGUUCAACCCCUUUGUUUUAGGGUGGGGUGUUACAUAUACAUUCUCUACAAGUAUGAGAGAUAUUAUGUUCUAGUUUUUUUAAUCAGUUUCCGGAAUUUUUGGGAUAAGAUGUAAUGCUUACCACUACCAUUACUUUCCUUAAUGAACAUUAGGAUUUGAAAGAUCAUUGUUGAAUCAAUAUGGAGCCGCACUCUUCUAUAAUCCUUUUUCCAAGCUAAUUGCAAUCACUGGAUGGCACAUUUGAUCUCAGGUCGCUUAAUGUAGACAACCAAGGUUAGCCAUAAAAGCAUUUAAAUUUUUUUCCAGAACGAUCACGUAUCAAUCCUCCCGAUGUCAUUUCUUAGUCUAACUACUUCAUUGAACCGUCCAUGCUGAUCACAACUCAACCCAUCAGUAGCGGAGACCAGGAUAAUUCGCAGUAAGUCUUGCUCUAUUGCACUAUAUAUAACUAUUUAUCAUUCUCUUGUUAUUUGAUAAUGGGUUUUCUCCAUCUCUGGAUUCACUAAAAGUUGAGAUAUCAUUAUGAGAUCCAUGGCACGGGCAAACCAACUCCCGAAAUCACUGGCAUUCGGCAAUGUAAUGCAUAUUAAAUGUGUGGACUCUGAUAAUAAUCAACCACUCAAGGUUUGGACUCAUCUGACGGUGGGUCUCGAAGAGAUGCCAACUUAAUACUAUUUUAGAGCGAGUGAUCUAGAAGUAAACCCUAACAGCAAUACAGUCAAUCCCUUACCACUGCCAAACCCCAAUUGUGGAAAAUGUUGUAUGGUCAUUACAAUAACAUUGCUAGUCGCUAGAAUAAAUGAAUUAGACAUCCAUGAUAGACAUGAAUAAUAACAAAGUUCUAAGCAUAAUCAAGUGUGAAUCUAAGAUUAUAAAUAUAUUGACCUACCAUAGCACCAUCAAACCAUAUUGCCCAUCUGCCUUAUCAAGGAUCUUCAAACUAAUUACAAGAAUCCACUCUUCCCAACAUGACCUAUUUGACCUAUUUGACAAAUGCAACUCUUAGCUUGAAGGACAAAUCGUGCUCUGGAAGUGAAACAAAAUGGAACCAACUUCAUACUUGAAAUGGAUUAGUAUGUCAUAUUCGAUUCAUAAAAGAAGGCAAUGAUAUUGUAUUCAUUUAUCAGAUUACAUUGGAGGCAAUGUCAUUUAAUCUGCUACCGAACCCCGUAACAAUUGAUUGCUGAACUCGAUGAAUAAUCUUUAUAUUUCACUCUCUAGCUUGACUUCUGUUACACUUAUUCUAAAACUUAUGAAUGAUCUCCAAGAUUGGGUCCUUGACAUUGCUAAUUGAUUUGGUAAACUUGUUUUCUGCUACUGAUAUCCCACAUUUGGUUGCAACAUUUCUCAAGUUUUGUGAAUGAGCCGUUAAGAGCGAGUAUUUGACAUUGUUAUGAACUCAUAUUGACUACUGGUAACUUGUCUACUAUUGUCUGGUAUGCCCUUGAUUGAAAUGUUGGGAUUGUUGUCCUCUUGCUUUCUUUCAAGCAACUUGUCCAUGAUUAUGAAAAUCCAAGCGAUACUAGUUCAUUGACUUGUUUUAAUUGAUCCUCAGGUAACACGGGAAGUAGAAAUAACAAAUAAAGGGGCACUCGCACUCGCAUUCUAUGGUCGACUGGGAUUUAUUAGGGAGAAGCUUUCAUUACUACUUGAACGAAGUAGAUGAUUUUUGUCUGAAACUGUGGUUCCCACAAAUAGAGAUGCACACAGCUUACACCGUCAUCCAUAAUGAGUAGCUGAGAUGCCGCACAUGAUGACUCCUUGUAGCCGUGUGCACCAUUCAAUUGUCAGUCUGAUGAUUCACAACCGUGUGAGUUUUUAACAUUACAAGAAAAGAACCUAAAAGUGUGAUUAUAUGAGGUGUGUUUCAGGUAAUGUGGCUAAUGCUAUAUUCAGUUUAAGGCAUGCAACUUAAGGAACUUUCUUUGGAGGGAGGUUGCAAAAGAUAACAUUGUUCAUAUGCCAUGGGGUUUAUGGUUGUGGCUAUUGAUUUGAGAACGAAAGUGUAAUUCACAAAAGUACAUGUUCUUUGUAUAUGGUUAGUUUUUCAUUGGGAGUUGAUUUCUUUUGGGUGUGUAGUCCAUUUUGGUUACUUGUGUCAAAUGUGUGUAUAAUUACUAGGGUACCAUAUCACGAGCUUGUGUAGUUGCACACAAAGAAGGAUUUAAAGCCUUGGUAUAAGAGACCCUAGAAAUAAGAAAAAAUUGUAUUGGAGUAUAUUCUAACCUCUCCUUUUAGUCGAGCUUUCAGCUCUUACUGCUCACAUUCCUAGAUCUUCAAAACUCCUCCUCUGCCAUGGUGUGAUGGAAUGAAAUUUGAUUAGAUCUACCCUAACAACAUGAUUGUUGAAAUGAAAUUAUUGUUUGACAUUAUCUUAAAGUCUUCAAUAAUUGAAAUGUUUUUAUUAUCCUAUCAUGAUAAAUCUGAGUACCGAUAUUUGAUGCAAGUACAAUGAGGACCAUCUAAUUCUGUAAGUCCAUAAUUAGGGCCCUCCUUUCUCCCAACCGGGUACGUUGGGCUUAAAUAGGGGCUUUCCUUUUCAUACUGGGUUUCAGAAACGUAGGUCCUGAGUCCUGCCCAAUUAAAGAAAGGAGAAGCCCAACAAAGGGGCUAUAUAUUCAUUUUCCCGUCCAGGCUACAGCAGUUGUACGAAAGAUCUCGCAGCCAGCCCCAUUCAAAUCGUCAAUCCAAACCAAGCAAGCACAUCGCGCAAUCGCCAUUUUCGCAGCCAUAUCUCGCUUUCCGACCGCCACCAUCGAACUCAACAUGGAAGAUAGCUUUCGAGUUCGAGUCGACAAAGUCUUCGGCUCACUCACCUCCUCCAACUCCACCGAUAACCUACCGGCGCCUACUUCAGCCUCCCUCCGCUCUCUCUGGUCGCUCACUGACGAGGAAAUCGAGCGGAGCCGAUGGAGGAAGGUCGAGAGCAACGGCGAUGACGAGGAAGACGAUGAUACAGAGUCGCUCUCGUUAUCGAGAGGAUUCCUUGCCCCGAAAGAAUCCAAAGCAGGUCUAUCCCGCUCGGAGACAAGCUUCCGGCGUCAGAUUGAAACAGACCUGGAUGACCUAGAUGACCAGGUUCAGGAUGAUGAUGACGAUGAGAAGAAGUCCUUUGAGCAAAGGCCUGACGAUUACAACGAAGAAGAAUGGGAAAUUAAGAACUCCAUUGGCCGUGACUGCACUCUCGAUUUUGAGGAAGAGGAAGACCAAUUCGACAAGGUGGCCGUGGGCAGGGAAAAGUCUGAAGAUCGCGUGUAUCUGAAGGAUUUGAGCAAGAAUGAAUAUGAAAUUGACACAGGUCCUUCUAGUUCAUUGGAAGAUGCCUUAGCUAGGGACCGCCGGGCCAAUCACAACGCUGCUAAACUCAGGCUGAAGGAGGACGACGAAUCAGCAGCUCGAAAGAUCGACUCUUUGACCGUUUCAGACAAUGAAUCAGCACCACCCAACAAAACUUCCCUCCAGGACUGCAACCUCAAAUCCAUUCUCAAGAGGAAGGAUGAUCAGGCUGUUGAUGAUUCCAAGUCGUUACAGAAACGUGUUAGAUUCGGCCAUGAAUGCAAUACUGGCGAGAAGGAAACUGAGGAUACAGCUAUGGAAGCCGAUUUGGAAGAUCCCCUGGUAUACCGAAUGCCAAAAAAUUAUCCUUCUGGAAUCCCGGACUACAUGAGAAACCCUACGAAAUACACCAAGUACACCUUUGAAUCGUCUGAUGUUGAUGAAGGAACCAACAGACAAGCGUACAUGGACUUUCUGAAGCUAAUCAAGAAGUCGAAACCUGGACCAGAAGUAGAUGAAUCCAUUCGUGGCGAUCCUCCCAAGUCAGUUCCCUUUGUGCCCAGGAAGAAGGAGAACAAUGCGGAUGAUUGGAAGUGCAAGCAGGAGGAAGGUGGCGGCGGGAAGAAGGGUGUAAAUGUUGUGAUAGCAGCAGCUGAUGAUCUGGAAGGUGGUGAAGAAAGCUGUGCUAUGGAUGAGGACGAAGCAGAAGUGGGAGCUCAACAGCGAAAUGGUGGUUCAGGGUCAGGUAGGCCAGGUCGUAGGUAUAGAAUGAAGGGUAAGUUGGAAGUAGAUGAGUAGAGAAUACCACCAGCGACCUAGUGUAGACGUAUGGUUGUUGUGUAAUGCCAAGUGUUUGGAACUCCGUUCCAUGAUAGGUUGUAUUUUUCUUGCCAGUGUUGCACUUUCUUUUUACUUACAUGCUUCAAACGAUAACAAUGGAAAGAAGAGUUUGUGAAACAUAUUGUAGUAAAAUAUCACAUGCCCU